UUAAACAUCGACUUUGCUACCAGCUCUAGCACCUUUACAAUUUGUCUGCAACUUCUAAUUCGCUGCGGGUAUUGUAUUUUUUUUUUUGUGUUACAUAUAAUCCGAUCAACUUCGAUCGUUCGUUUAAUCGUUCUGCCGUUCCGACUGGUGAGCUUUUGGCCAAGUUAAGACGAGCACAAAAGGGCAAAACUCUGCCUUCAAUAAAAACGUUUAUUUGCUGCCAGGGCUUUUGGUUUUCCCUUGCCUUCAUUUUUUCCUCCGUUUUCGUUUCGUUUUCCACUUGGAAUUGCGGUGGUGGUCGCGAGUCGUGAGGGGAUGAAGAAAAGGGGAGAGGAGAGGAGACUCCCGACCGAGUGCAUCCCCCGUGUGCGUGUGUGUGCAUGAGUGUGCGUGCGCUGCAAAUGCAAUUGUAGCUGAGCGCGCUCAUAAAAAUCAAAAGUAUAUUUAGAUAUACAUGUAUUUAUAAUAAUCGGAUACGUUUUCUCGUUUCGCUGCCCCAAAGUGCGUGUGUGUGUUUGUUUAAAUCAGCAAUAAUACAACAGACACACGUUCAUUUGCGCUAGUGUGCGUGUGUGUGGAGCGCGCAGCGUUUUGUUGUUAAGUGUAAGCGAGAAAGCAACAAAAGGAACAAACAGGAACUGUAACAACAACGCAUUGGAAGCAGAAGCGAUGACUUCCAGUCGCUGCACUAGCAUAGCGCUGCCGGGAAGUGUUUCGGGGCGUGUCCUUAUCCACGCCUUUUAGAUCCACUUUUGCGACGGCAGAAGGGUCACGAAAGUGACGGUAAACCAUUCAAGAGACAUCGAAGGUCCAGGACGCCUCAAGAACUUCAACAGAAUGCCUCGUUUCCGCAACGAGGAGCCCGAGCAGUCGCCCUACAGCGAGGGCGACGUGGUCUGGGUCAAACUACACAACACAGAGAUCUGGUGGCCAGGCGAAGUGACAUCAUCGCAGGACUUCCGCUACACCAACGCAGUGCGGCCUCCUUUCGCCGUUGUGGCCUUCUUCAACGAGAAAACCUUCGAGCAAGUCAAGUCAGGAAAACUGAUUUAUCCCUUUCAAUGUGAUCACAAGGAGGAGUUUAUUAAGCGCAGCAGCAAAAAGGCCAGUGCAAUGCACAUGGGCGAGAAGUUCACCGAGGAUGUAGCGCUCGCCGAGUCCCGCACUCAGCAGAUGCAGCACCUCGGAUCGCAUGCCACCGGAUCAUCCUCUUCGUCCGUGAUCGAAAGUAACAGCAACAGCGGCGGUGGCAGCAGUGGCAGUGGCGCCAGUGGCAGCAGCAGUGGUGCUCCCGUUUCCCGGCCGGACACCCUCAUCAAGGCGCUGCUCUCGAGCAGCAGCAGCAGCGUUCAGGACAGCAGUGCCAGCAGCAGCGUAGUGCCCUCGCCGUCAGGUCGAGAGCCCACGUUCAGGAUCAUGGACAUCGGGGGCGGCAACCCGCCCGCUUCGGGGGAACGCAGCUCCGCCGAGCCGGGCUACGAGUGCAACAUGUGCAGCUUUCGCACGAACAGCAUGAGUGUCCUGCUCAUCCACCGGCGUGCCCACUUGGAGAGUACGGCGGCGCCACGACAGUCGCGCGCCACUCGACGAGCCAACACCACCUCCCACAGCGUGCUCGAAGUGCAGUACAACAACGAGAGGAGCCAGAGUCGCGACAGCACGCUCUUCACCCAGAACUCGAUGCGCUGUCAGUCGCGACACGUUUCCAUUGUGGUGGACGCCUCUCUGACGGACAAGGAGCAGCAGAAGAUAGCCAAGAUUGCCGAGGCAACGAUGGCCAGCAUCGAGCGCGUGAUGCAGCCGAAGCAUGCGGGCAGAUCCACUUCGCGCUCGACCAGCGUCUCCACGCCCAGCGUCUCCGCGCCGAGCAAUCGCAGCACUCGCUACAGCUGCGCCUCAUCGCCGCAGGUGCCUUAUGCGCGUCGCGUGAAUCCACGCGAACAGCGCAGCAGUAAGCGCUCGAAUCAACUGAGAGCCACGAUGCCGGCUCCCCAAUCGCCGCCGACGAAGCAUCGACGACUCACGCGCUCGAUGAACCGACGGAUGCAAGAAGAGAGUCCCCCGGCGCGUCGCUGCACCUUGGCCGCCGCAGCCAGGGGGCAGGCAGAGGUGAUGGCGACACCGAGGCGAGGAGCUCCGCUGCGUAAGACGGUGACAACACCACCAGCCGCUCCGCCCGUUGAGAAAACUCCACGGGCCGUCGGACGGCGCAAGCGAACUGUUUCGCGGGCUAGAACAUCACUGGCCAGUGAGACUCCUCCACUCGUGCCACCGACUCCUGUGCUGCCUCCGCCGCCGGCAAGCAAGAAGUCGAGAGUUAGCAAUCCACCUAGGCGAGCAUCUCCAUCUCCGUCUCCAUCAACAGAGCGAGAACCAGAACCGGAACUAGAACUAGAACGGGAACCAGAAGUAGAAUCAGAACCAAAACCAGAACCAGAACCGAAGCCAGCACCUGUGGCUGUUGCCCCACAAAACAAAAAGAAUCUCGCGCAGAGCAGCAGCAUGGCAGCCUCGCUGCAGCUGCAACAAAGUCUGCUGGCCGAGUGGUGCGACGAUGACGAUGAGCUGGAGGACUCGCCGUGUACGCCACCUGCUGCCAAGCCAGCCGAGAAGGAGGGCGUCAAGAAGAAGGUUCUCGAUAAGCAAGCAGCGGUGCCAAUGGAAAAGCAUAUGGAGCAGGAGAAGACUGAGAGCGUGGCGUCCAAGAAGCGCAUACGCAACAUACCAAAGAAGGAUCGACGCGAUGUGGUUAUGCAGGAAUUCGAUCUGGACAGCCAGAUGGCGGCGGACGAGACGAUUGUCAUCCAGGACAGCGAUGCCAGCUCCAAUGAGAGUGUGGUCUUCGUCGAGGAUGUGCCGCGCCAGCGCGGCAAGAGUGUACAUCCGCCGCAAGCCAAUGGAAAUGGCAACGAGAGGGCCAAGUCAUCGUCAAAGACAUUCAGCAACAUCGCAUCCUGCUUUGACUUCGAGGAGGAGGAGGACUUGCAGCAGCAGCAGAAGCAGGAUGGCCAGAACGGCCUGAGCUACAGGCGUCGCACCAACACCAAUCGUCCGGAUGCCAAUGGCAAGGCGCACCUGGAGGAGGAUGCUGACGAGCCGCAAGUGGAGGCGGAACCGGAAAAGGCUGAAAAGCCAAAGAAAAGCAAGCCUGCCACAGGCGAUGAUCUUUUCAAGGGCUUCGGAGAUGUUCAAACAACGACUAUUGCAGCCGUUGAAGUGGAUGCAGAGCCACCCCAAUGUUCCAAGAAGCAGGAGGAGUUGCCUCAGCGAAUGGAAAUCGAAGAAGCCGAAGAAGAGGCGGUCGAUCAACUGAGCAUGCACAACAAGGACCGCCAGAAGCGCAUCUUCAAGUCGCGUAACAAAUCCAUUGCAGCAGGCGCCCAAGAAGAUGCGAUCAAUGCGGUGAUGCCUAGUGAUGAGGAGGAGGAGAAGGAGGUGGAGGUGGAGAAGGAAGAGGAGCCCGAGGGGCAGACAAGCUGCAUCUUUAAUGGCGCAGAGCGCAGACCGAGCAGCUCGAGCAACAGCCACUCAAAUAGCAGUCGCAGCAAGCGGCGCAAGAAAUCCAAGACUGAAUUGAGCCGUCGAUUGAAACGUGGCUCAAAGGCGAAGGUGAAUCAGCUGCAGGAGCCGCAGUUGCCGCACGAGGAGGAGCUGAGCUGCAGCAGCAACAGCAACUCGAGCAGCAGCACUUCACACACCAGUCGUUCGAAUGAGCAUGGCCCAAGACCACUUUCCCCGGAGCCGAGUUCCAGCAACAGUUGCUCGAUUGCCUCGAACAUUGCGGUCAUUUCGGCGGAGGAGGCACGCGAACUGCAGCGCUCGGCUUCCGGUGCUGGUCUCAUCCACGCGGCCAUUGUGGAUGCCACACAGCCGGUGCAGCGCGGUGGCGUGCUCAUCCUGGAGGACAUUCGGCUGCCCAAUUUGUUCGAACCCUUCGGCGGCAGUCUGCACUCAUCGGACAGCAAUAGCAAUAGCAACAGCAACAGCAACAGCAACAGCAACAGCAACAUCAGUCGCAGACCGAAAUCCCAGCCUCCGGAUGUGGAUGAUGAACAGUCGCGGGACAGGAAAAUAUACAAGCAGCGAGAUCCUUAUGGGGAGAAGCAUCGGGAUGAGAAUGAUGAGGGUCUAGCUGGAAAGCCAAUCGUGGAGGAGGACAAGGAGGAGAAGCCAAAGCCUGAGAAGUGCGAUCGAAUCAAAGAGAAACAUCGGAAUGAACAAAAUGAGGUUCUGGUCGGAGUAAAAAUCACAGGCGAGAACCCUAAGCAGAUGAAACGUGAUCAAAGCAAGGGAAAUCAUCGGGAAACCCCAUAUGAGGGUAUAUCUGAACAGAAAUUCAUUGAGGAAAAUCAGAAAGAAAAACCAAAAAAGAAGAAGCGGAACAGGGAGAGACAUGGGGACGAACCAAAAGUUGGUUUGGCUGAAAAGAAAUUCGUCGAGGAAAAACGGGAAGAGAAACCAAAUAAGAAGAAAGAUCGCAAUAGGGAGAAACAACGGGACGAACCUGUUGAGGCACCUCAACUAACUAGACAGAAAAUCGAGCAGGCGAAACCGGAAGAGAAACCAAAAAAGAAGAAACGCGAUCGAAACAAGGAGAAACAUCCGGAUCAGCCUGAUCAGGAUCUAGCUGCAAAGAAUUUCGUGGAGCGGAAACAGGAAGAGAAACCCAAAAAGACGAAGCGAGAUCAUCGCAAUAAGGAGAAACCUCGUGAAGAACCUGAUGAGAAUCUAGCUGGACAGAAGAUCGCAGAGGAUCACCCAGCAGAGAAUCCGAAACCAAAACGAAACGAGCAUGAAAAUAAGGAGGAGCCAAUGGACAUCGAUGCGGAGAAUUCCCGUUCUCUUCCUGGCCGCCAAUCGCCAGGAGCGGGACGCUUUGUGCCACAUGCACGCGAGGUGCUUCUCAAGGAACGCGAGCAGCAGCUGCUCCGUCAGUACGAAGCCGAUGUGGCCAGUGGACGAAGCGUGGAGAAGAGUCGGCUGGCCCGUGAACGCUGGCACCGUUUGACCCCGUCCCCUGGACUUCUGCCGGAACCGGAACCGGAACCAGAACCGGAGGCGUUUGAUGAACUCGAUGACGAGCAUAUGAUGUUCGUUGGAGAAGACGACGAUGAUGAGGAUCUGGGCAGGCCCCUAUCCCUGGAGGAGGAACUGGCCGCCUUGGAACUGGACCUGCCAGCCAUCAGGUCGUCCCACGCCUCGCGUCGCUUGGCCAGCUAUCCGCAGGUCAAUCCAAUGGCCACGAAGGCAUUUAUCUUCGGCACAAGGAAGCCGUCGCGGCACUACAGCUGCACCCGAAUCCUCAGCGACGAGGACGUGGAGAAGGCCCACCAGCAGCUGGUCGAUCUGCGCCAGCAGAUGGAGGCUCUGCGCUCGAGCGCCUGCAACUCGGUGGCCAGUAGUCCGCCGUCAUCCGGCGUCCAUCGCCGACAUCUUCGCCGCUCAAGGAACUCAGGAAGCGGUACGCGCAGCGAUACAGCCGAGGAUUCUUCGUGCGAGGACAAGGAUGGCCAAGAAAGUUCCGAAAACCCACCACAAUUGUGCGCUGGACGCAUUUGCGCGGUGAUGACUCGACCGAUUCCGGGCUACAGCCACACAUUCAUGCUCUGCUCGCUGAACAACAACAACUUUACGCCGCUGAACAAUGUGGCCCUGUACCUGGACAACGAGAAGAACCACUUGGUGCCGGUGCCGCGGGAGGCGCUACUGGAACCACCACGUCUGGCCGACGGUCAUCCGCUGUCCGCCGUCUUUGCGGACAUUGAUUUCCUGGGCGGCGAGGCGGUGGCCCAGGUGGUGGAGCCAUCGGACACGGAGGCGGGAACCGAAGGAGUUGACCUAAAUCCGGAUGUGCAACAGAAUGAUAUUGAGCGGGUUUUGUCGCCGCAAAUUCUAUCGCUUUGCGAAGCGGACAACGACGUUGUGCCGCCGGUGGACUCGAUGGGCAUCAUGACACCGCUCAGCCAGGUGACCGAGGGAAGCGCCUUGGCUCCCGGGAACUUCGUGAACGAGGAGGAAGAGCUAUCCCUGCCCGAGGAUCAGCUACAGGCGAACAUACUGCAGUUGAAUGUGAAUGGCCACCGCCUGGAAUUGGAUCCCUCGGUGCUGUUUAGCAUUGCCGAGCAGCCGGACUCCUGCAUCGAGCUGAGUGUGAACGAGACGGGGUCGAGCAGCUCGGGAGGAGGAGUAUCGAACAGCAGCCUGAGAGCCGUGCUCCAUGCUCGCGACAUCCUGCAGGCAGCUCAAGUCUACUUGCAGGCGCGCGAUCUGCAGCUGGUCAAUGUGGAGGAUAUGACGUUGGACGACGGGGAAACGGUGGCACCCUCGAUGGCAGCUGUGCCCGCCACGGAUCUGCUGUCGCAGGCACUCGCCGGCAGCCAGGUGGUGGACGAUACGGACUUUGUGAAUGCAGCCAACGCUGGCGUUGGUCUGCUCCACAUCGACACGCGCAUCGGUGGUGGGCUCCUGCACGUGGGCAACGACGAUCCCGGCGGUGUGGUGAUCCUCUCCCAUCCAAUGGCUCCGCAGAACGUCCACCUAACACCACCGAUAACGGCGCGCACGAACGAAACGAAUGCGCUGCUCGAUCAGACGCCCAUUAUGUCCACGCUGGAGAAUCCCAGCAUGCAGCUGCGUCGCGUGUCUCCGCUGGUCGAGGGCAAUCUGGAGGACAGCCUGGCCGUCCUGGGGGUGACGAACGGCAGCGGAGUGCCCACCUCGCUGGAGUUGCCCAUCACCGUAACCAAUCCGGCCAUUGCAUCACGAAUGUCGGCGGCUCCCGUCGCCGAUAUGCUGCAGUUCGCUCCCUUUCAGCACACCGUGUCCAGGUACUUCUCCUCGAACUGGAUCUCUGGAUACUUCUGGGCCAUGUCGCGCACACAACGCAGGAAGAGGCCAUCGGACAUGCGCCUGUUGGAGAAACGCACACUCACCUUCUUGCGGUUGUUGUUCUUGGCAUACUGGAAAGCAUACUCGGCCACACGCUUCGAGGCUUCCUCGGUGAUCAGCUUGAUGCUCUGCACAACGCCAUCGACGAUCUCGUGCUCGAUGCCGGAGUACUCGCCCUCGGUGUUCUCGCGAAUGGGACGCACGUUGGCGUACAGGUUGAACUCCUUGCGCAGGGCCAGAUUCAGCGAGCGGUGUCCCUUGCCCACGGGCGUCAUCAGGGGACCCUUCAGGCCGAUCUUGUUCGUGUUCACCGAGUCAAUGGCCGCCUCCUCCCACUCGAUGGGCACAUUUGCCGCGGUGAAAAUCUUCUGGACGGCGGCAGAGAUCUCGGGUCCGAUGCCAUCGCCGGGGAUUAGGGUGACCUUCUUGGUGCCGGAGGACAUUUGCAAUCGUUUGGCCACAGCCAGCAACCUGGAGAAGCAAAAUAAGCGCGCCCAGCUCAUCCGGGACAAGAUGGUGUUGGCAGAGCGCAACACCACGGACGUGGUGCGCAACGGCCGUAGGUCGCGCGGUCCCAGUCCCAAUACGCAUACAUCCGGAGGCGGUGGAGGCGGCGGCGUGGCCAACACACCCAGUCUGGUUGGCGGCGGAGGAGGAGCGGCCAGUGGAGGCGGCGGUGGAAAUUCCGGAAAUGCCAAUUCCAAUGAGAAGAACAACACAAAUGUGCCCGGUGCCGGGACGCCGGAGAGCUCCGAUGAUGACAAUUCCACCAAGCGCAACGGAAAGAGCAAGGCGAAACAAUCUGAGUACGAAGAGAAAAUCCGCGUGGGUCGCGACUACCAAGCGGUUUGUCCCCCACUCGUUCCCGAAGUGGAAAGACGUCCCGAGCAAAUGAAUGAAAGGGCCCUGUUAGUUUGGUCACCCACCAAGGAGAUACCAGAUCUUAAACUGGAGGAGUACAUCUCAGUGGCGAAGGAGAAGUACGGCUACAAUGGCGAACAGGCCUUGGGCAUGCUCUUCUGGCACAAACACGAUCUGGAGCGGGCUGUAAUGGAUCUGGCCAACUUCACACCCUUUCCGGACGAGUGGACUAUCGAGGACAAGGUGCUGUUCGAGCAGGCCUUUCAAUUCCACGGGAAGAGCUUCCACCGCAUCCGCCAGAUGCUGCCAGACAAAUCAAUCGCCAGUUUGGUGAAGUACUACUACUCGUGGAAGAAGACGCGCCACCGCAGCAGCGCCAUGGAUCGCCAGGAGAAGACCGUCAAGGCGGUGGUCAAGGAUGGCUCCGAGAAUGGCAGCGAAGUGGGCAGCAAUGAGGAGUCAGAUAACGAUGACAAGAAGGGGCAAGGCAACAAUAGCAACAGUACAACAAACACAGAAGCCACCGCGAACUCAGCCAACACCAAUUCCCCCGCAAACACAGUCACCACAAGCAACAACAACAAUCACAGCAGCAGCAGCAACAGUAACAGCAACAGCAACAGCGGCAACAACCAUACCAACAACAGCAGCAACAACAACAACAAUGGGGAUGAGAACAACCAAGGCGGCGGCGGCGGCGGCGGCGGUGGCAGCAACAGCAGCAGCAACACGAGCAACAACGAAUUGGACUCGGAGCAGUUGUCCAUCUUUGCGGGGAACAACGUUCAGGGCGAUGAGGUGUUGGGAGUCCUUGGCCAGUCCAUCGAAGGCGCCACAAAUGGCGGCGGCAACAACAAUGGCGAACUCGGUGCCGACAACUUGCGUCGCAUGGUUGUUGGCGGUUUUUGCAAGAUUUGCAACGUGGUGUGCCACGUGCUGCACGAAUCGCCGUUGGGUCGAAUGUGCAAGAGUUGCCACGCCCACUGGAGGCGAACGGGCAACAAGCGUCCCAUUUCCGGUCCGGAGGGCAAUGCUCCUCGCAGAUCCACACACAAUUGCGCCGCCACCGCGGACCGAUCCAAACGCAAGCCGCCCAAGGGCAUGUACAUCAACCACGACGAUCUCACUGCCCUCGCCAGCUGCAAGAACCCCAGCGUCUAUUUGGCGGAACGCGAUCGCAAGAUCACAGCCCUCAUGGCCGAAAUUCAGAAGAAUAGGCAGAUGAUGGAGCAGCUGGACAAGGAGUGCGAUUCCAUAAAUGUCGAGGAUGUGGUCUCCAAGCCAGCGGCGGCCAAUACCGAAACAGCUCAGCCACGCAUCUCCGCCCGUUGGUCGCCGGAAGAGAUUCAAAUCGCUCUAAUGGCGCUCCGCGAAUACGGCAAAAACUUUCCUAUGAUUGCCAAGCUGGUGAGCACCAAAACGGAGGCGCAUGUGCGCACCUUCUUCUUGAACAAUCGGCGUCGAUACAAUCUGGACCAGAUCGUAAAGCAGUACGAGGCUGGAAAGUCGGAGGAGUCUGGUGCGGAGGACCAAAACGAACCAGCUGCGGCCGAUGCAGCAGGAGGAGCAGCAGCAACAACAGCUGGAGCUACUGCAGCAGCGACAACUGCUGCUGCCGCUGCGGCGGCACCCAGUGCUGUUGAUUCCGCAGCAACUGCAGCAGCGGCGAGUGCGACGCCAGCCAGAAAACAGUCCACCGAAGCGAGCAACAACGGUGUUGAAGCGCUCCAGGAAUCGCUGCCGAAGAAGGAGGAUGCCAAGAAGCCGGAGCCGGCGACCAAGAGUGCUGCAGCUGGGGAGGCUGGAGCAGAGGCCACUCCAGCUACUGCAACCAAUGUGAGCUCCAGCCCAGCCGCGACUGCUGCUUCACCAGGCAACAAGGCGCCAAGCAGUGCUACAAUCACGAUCACAGACGAGUCCGACACGGCCACAAACUCGAGCAGCGAUGUGGUCACCAGCGGAUUAGCCACCGGAGCUGCUAGCUCCUCUUCCCAACUGUCCAGCGCAACUACGGCGCCCGAAACCAAAUCCCAAGGCGGCAGCGAUGAGCCGUCGGCACUGAAAACCAAUCCCGCAAGCGCCGGAACUCCGCCAACUGGAACUGCAGCGCCUGCCAGUGCGGCUGGAACUCCGCUGGGCAAGCGGGAUAGCACUGUUCUGACCGUCGCCGAGCAGCAGCCACCGGCCAAGAAAAUCGCACUCAGCCACGUCGCAGCGUUCUUUGGCAAGUGAGGCGAUCCCUGCCGCGCCGUUGGAUGUUUCUACUCGCGAUAUAUAUAUUAAAAAGCAUGAAUAUAUAUAUACACACACCGGUACAUAACAUAGCCUGAUGUUCGGCGGAAGCGGCGUGAAAUCUCCACGGAACACCCACACACCACGUCCAAGAAUUUUGCAGCCUGCCGUACAUUUGCUCGCCGGUUUCGUUUAAUAUUAUUAAUUUUACUAUUAUUUUUUGUCUAGAACUUUUUGGGACGCAUUUACUAUAAAAAAAGCAUCACGGCUUUAUCUAGGCUUGUAGAAAUUAGUUUGUUUGUGUUUUUGGUAACACUUAAUCGGUGUCGUUGCGCCUGUAAAUCGGAGAUCGAUCGUAAAACAUGAAUACUUUAACACACGCACGUAAUCUUUCACCAUGAAGUUGGGUAAAUGAGGGGCAAAGCUGACGUAUCUUUCACAAAAGUUGUAUAGGUCAGAGAUUAUUUUAAAUGGGCUUAGCGGGUAAGAUACUUUCCUAUGAGUAGUGGUGCGCACGAACGAGUUUUUGUAUGUAAAAUUAUGAUAAUUUUAACACUAACGAGCUAUGCACGUGUAAAUUAUUAACCUAACUGUCAUAUUUUUUUUUCGUGGCAUAAUUUAGCGUAUAAUAAAAUUUACUUGGGAGUCGCCUGAAGGCAAGAAGCGUCGUAAAUUUAACCGAAACUACCACAGAAAAUUGAAAGAACGCGAUGCAAACAACUUUGGCAACGAGUUUCUGUUAGGCUAAUGAAAAUGUGUAACUAAACGAACUGGGCAAGAAACUGUAUACAGCCAGCGGUAUUCGUUUAAGAAAACAAAUUCACGUCAAUCUUACUGAAUUCUAGAACCCUAAGCGUCCACUGGCCGAUGAAACUCGAUUUCCCUGUUCUUAGCAAAAGGGUCUGUAUAAGAAGUUUACACAUCUCGGAUUCGGCUAACGAAAGUCGGUCUCUAACGAGUUGUUAAUAAUAAAUAUAAAUAUAAUUCACAAA